CCUCUCAAAACUUUUUAAAAAUACAGGAAGAAAGGAGAUUGAGCGAUAGUUAUUUACAUUAUUUGCAUCCUCUCCAAUAACAUUGGCUAUUAUAAGUUGAUCUGGGAAGAUUUAGUGUUUAACUGAAGACGAAAAGAUUUUAAAGAGAGUGUUUUUGACAAAGUCAUAAGAAUUUAUAACGAUAUUUUCUUUGAUAUCGUCGAAACGAUGUUUCCGUUGAUAUGGUCGAAUCCUAUUGCUUUAUUUAGUUUAAUCAUUUAAAAAAAAAGCAUCAGUGUUUACACUCCUAAAAAGGAAAAGCGCCAGAUGACCAGCGAUUUCUCUUGAAAAUUAAAAAUGUGUUUCGAAUUAUUGAUGUUAUUUUCAUGUAGAUUUCAGCAUGGGAUUUGAAUUGAAUGCCUUUCCUGUUGUUAAGUAUUGAAUAUUAAACGAUGUGGCUGUUGGUCAUUUUGUUUCUGAUAUCUAAUUGUGAUUCCAAAGAAACAAACAGACAAGGUAGUGUGAAUCAGAAGAACAAUUCUAGUUUAAGUUACAAAGAUAUUAAACAUGUGUUCAAUAAUGAUUCUUAUAAUAGAAAUAAGACUUCAAAUAAUGAAGACGAGCUUCACAAAAUGUCACCUACAAACAAGCUGAAAUCAAAUAUUUUAGUCUAUAGUCCUCCGCGAUGGAUCGUUGCUGCAGUAGCAACUCCUCUUGUCAUAAUUUUUGCUAUAAAUUUAGCCAUCAUCUCGUUUAAAUUAAAAAACAACGAUCCGACUGACAUUGAAAGUGUGAAAGGAGUAGGGUCGCAAAACGUUGAACUCAAUACUUCAAACUCUUUAGAAAGUAAAUCAAAGAUCAGCACAGAUCAUCAUCACAAAAAAAAAAACAAAGCUAGUGAAGACAUAUACAACUCAAUGAUGGAGCAAUUUAAAGCCGGAAAAACAAGAGCAAUGUCAUACACUGGUGGGAAAAGAAGCUCGGAGAUUAAGCUGGAGGGUAUUUCUGUAGUUUCUCCAAAAGAUAUAGCAAGAAAGCAUCUUUUGCUGGGACGCUUGAAUGAAACUUUAGACAACGAUGAUGGCGACAUUGCUAUUAAUAAAUUAAUUGAAACGAGCACUAAUGCGUUUGUUGGGAAAGUUAUGUUCAGGCAUUUAGUCUCAGAAGAUUCUGUUGACAAAGAUGCAUCGCGUCAUAUCAAAGCUAUGAUUGAACGUUCGAAAGAAGAUUUAUCAUCUUGCAUCAACCUGUUGCCAGAUGAUGUAAAAAAUCUACUACCAGAAGACUUGGAAGACGCAUUUACGAACUUUGCGAGCUGGCAGGAGUCUCUUCUAUGAAUUGAAAUUUGGGUUUUAGUAAAGAAUACAAUAUUUAUAUUCAUUCACUAACGACCAUCAUAUUUAGUGAAUAUAAAAACAGACGUCCUUGACAACUAUCGAAAGAAACAAUUUAAAGCAUGUAAUGAAAACUUUAUUCAGCAUUAACUUCAGAACAAUUAUGUCAAAAAGUGGAAUAUAGUCUAGUCAAUAGAAGGAUGGUUAGCAUUAUUUUAAAAAUAAAGAAAAUAUCAAAUGAAAUAAAUAAAAUAGUUGGCUUUGUUUUUAAAAUUUGAUAAAUGUUGUGUAAAUAAAUUGUAAAUGAAAAACUGUAAAUAAAAAAUGCUUUCUCAAUUUAUGCAUAUUUAUUUUAAUAUUAUUUGUUUAAAUUUAUUUUAUUAUUCACGUAUAUUUAGCUAAAUAUUCACGCAUGUUAAACUAAAUAUCCAGGCAUAAAUAUUUAAUUUUUGUAUUUAGAUUUAAUAUUUAAUAAAUACUGCAACUAAAA